AUGACCACUGCUGCUGCUCCCACCAUGUUGAUAGAUACCUCAAUCCCCGUCUCCACGUCAGAUGCCCUUAUAUACUACGCAGACCACAUUCUUGACGAGAUUGACGACCUCUCCAAAGUCGAAUACAAUAAAAAGGGCCGCAAAUAUCGAUUCGUCAACAACUCGUUCCAACGUAUACGACAAGAAGAUAAGCAUUUGGUUAUAUGUCCCGAAAACCUCGAUUUGAAACUCUCCUUCUACUCGGCAUUCUCGAUAUUGAUGAAUAUUGGUGAUAUCCUCACGACUUAUCCACAAUUUUGUUGCACGAUUCUUGGUUUGGCGCAAGAAUUAGAAAAGCAUCAUUGGUAUGAAGAGGAGAAUUCGAGCAUCAUUCAUUUCAAAAAUGCCAAAUAUGACCCCAGGGUUGUCCAACAUGAAGCUGAUGCCUUUGUUAAGAAAUUUCCCAUUACGCAACAACAUAUUGAUUGGGGAAUCAAUCUAUUGACGUGUGCCAAAUUGAAUUUCUUACAUACGGAUCAUCAUAUCGGCACCAAAUUGGAAGGUGUUUAUAUGAUCCAGUACGUUGAACAGUACUUUGGCCAGGAUGCAGUAACUUCACUCGACGUUUUGGUGGCAUUAAAGAGUUGUGUUCAUUGGGGCAACAUCAAGGGCAUAUUGUAUAAAUUAAACGUUCCCAAUAUUGACAUUUCACCACAAUUGCAAAAUGACUUUGCCAAUUUCCCUCAACCCAAUGAGGAAUUACGCUUGAAUGUGUAUGAAAGGUUCCCUAGUGGCACGUCUAAAUACGCCUUACUUUAUAAAUCAUUGGAUUUGCUUGCAUUAAAUUUCCAAUAUUCACCGUUAAUCACCAUUGACCCCAAAGAAUUCCAGUUUGAGUGGUUGUACACCUUGUGCCAUGAUAUCGAAACUGAUCCUAUCAAGUAUCACCUUCGAGCUAAAACCAAACAACUUUGCCCUAACCCGAUCAACUUGUCGGAAUUAGCCAUGAAGCACAAUUUCCAAAUGAAUAAACUUUUCGAUCUUGUUGCUUUAAUCAUCAAUAUAUUCCCAAGCACGGGAGGCGAAUACUUACUCCAGAAUUCGAAAAUCCCCAAAUUGGACCAGUCUUUGAUUGAUCGAUAUAGUAGCGUAUAUCACCGGUUUGUUAAUGUUGUUAAACAGAUCGAUGCAUAUGAGGCUAAAAAUUGGGCACCAGAUGAUAUCAUUGCUCGUUUGCAACAAGAUGAUUUCAGUAAAGUCAACAAGAGCUUGCACUCGAUAGUAAUCCAAUUGAAGUAA